AAUCCGCGCGGAGCGCGGACACCGGCUCUAGUAUACAUAAACAGUCGAAACUCGACCAAUGUUUUAUUGUGUAAUUUAGAUAUUGUGCAGAAGAACAAUGUUAAAUGUUGAAAGUAAUAGCUGCAACAGUUAAAAAGAGCAUCUCCAACUCCAUUCUGUUUUUUCUUCAAAAUGGAGUAAAAAUAAAAAUAGAGUAAAAAGUACUCCAACCCAAUUCCAAAUCUCACUUCAUAAUAGAGUUGACUCCAUAAAUGAAAUAAUUUAUUUUUUGUUUGUUCAUCAUUCUAUUAUGGAGUAAAAAAUAGAAUAGGAUUAGAGCAUUUUUACUCUAUUUUUUCUUUUAUUUUAUUGUGAAAGAAAAAUAGAGUAUUACAUUGGCUUCAAACCACUUAUCAGAUGUGUAAUACCCUCUCUGCUUCGGCAAGUUUGCAUGAAGUGUAAUAAGCAUCUACUUAACAAAACAAAAGAACAAAAAAAAUACAAACCUAGAACUUUAUAAUAUAACAAAUUUUUUGCUCCGACACUCGCAACAAAAAGUCAAAAAAACAAAACAAUCCAAUAAUGAUGUAUAGUAAUUUGGACAAUUACCAAGAACAAAACUCGUCAUAUUUGACAUUGGCAAAUCCAAUUUCUUUUUGGUUGGUGCUUCCACACUUGUAAGUUUAUAACAGAAAAGUAAAAAAAAAACCCAAUAAAAGUCUUGUAAUUUGAACAGUUAUCAAAUAGACCUCUCAUUAUAUUUGGCAUUUGGCAUUAGCUUCAUUUUUUCAUCAUUCAAGAAACAAGCAGCCAUGGAAGCCAAGAGAGGCAUCCAGUGGAGCUCCAUUAUAGUUCCUUCUGUUCAAGAGAUGGUGGAAGAGAACCUCAUCACCACGGUUCCUCCGAGGUACCUACGGUCUGAUCUAGACAAAGCUGAGAUCGACAGUGAUUUAAGAACCGAGAUCCCAAUCAUCGACAUGAACCUUUUGUGUUCUUCAACCUCCAUGGACUCAGAGAUUAACAAGCUCGACUUUGCAUGCAAAGAAUGGGGAUUUUUCCAGCUUAUAAACCAUGGAAUGGACUCAAGUUUCUUAGACAAAGUCAAGUCAGAGGUUCAAGAUUUCUUCAACCUUCCCAUGGAAGAGAAGAGGAAACUUCGGCAACGACCAGGUGAUAUCGAAGGGUUUGGACAAGCAUUUGUGGUUUCAGAGGAGCAGAAACUCGACUGGGGAGACAUGUUCCUCCUCACAAUGCAACCUUUUCAUUUACGCAAGCCUCACUUGUUCCCCAAGUUACCUCCUCCCUUUAGAGAUGCACUAGAGAAGUACUCAUCUGAAGUGAAAAGCACAGCUAAGAUCUUACUAGCGAACAUGGCAAGAGCCCUGAAGAUCAAACCUGAUGAAAUGGAGUACUUGUUUGGCGACGACUUAGGACAGAAACUGAGAAUGAAUUACUACCCGCCCUGUCCGGAGCCGGAUCAGGUUUAUGGUCUAACUCCUCAUUCAGAUGCUACAGGACUCACCAUCCUUUUGCAGGUGAAUGAAGUGGAAGGUCUCCAGAUCAAGAAAAAUGGCAAGUGGGUUUCAGUCAAACCUCUCCCAAAUGCGUUUGUUGUGAAUAUUGGAGACAUGUUAGAGAUGAUAACGAAUGGGACAUACAAAAGUAUAGAGCAUCGUGGGGUUGUGAACUCGGAGAAGGAGAGGCUUUCUAUGGCGACGUUUCACAAUACGGGAACGGGUAAAGAGAUUGGUCCGUUGAGAAGUCUCGUUAAAAGGCAAAAGGGUGCAUGUUUCAGAACCGUGACCCCUGAAGAGUAUUUCAAGGGCUUGGCCUCUCGUGGGUUAGAUGGAAAAGCUUUUCUUGAUGUUUGGAGAAUCUAAAGGGAAAACAAUGCUGCCAAAUAAACUCGUCUUCUCCGACCGUUCUUGUUGUAGUUUUUAUACUAUGUUAACCUCUCUCUUUGCUUCAAAUCUCAAGACAAUCACUAGUCCGUAACGUUUUUGCUUCUUCAUGUACUGUUGUUGCGCAAAGCUUAAUCUAAUAAAACUAUACAGGCAACGUUUCGGCAACA